GCAGCCCUCGUCCUGACCACGCUCUUCGGCAUGAACCGAUCCCUCGUCAACCUCCCCGUUCUCGGUGUUCCGGCCUCAUUAGCAUUCGGCUUCGGUGCAGUCUACAUGAUUUGCGCAGUCGGCGUCUACGUCUAGUUUCCUACUUCUCGGUCCGGCGUUAGGGGCAUACUCUGUGUACAAUCUAUGGAAUACCAAUAAAAAGUUCAAGACACUACCUGCGCAAUACCCUACAUCCCACACACUUACAACACAGCACCAUGGACCAAGACGAGCCUCCGAUCCUGACGGCAGUGUCAGGCUCUGCGCGACAGCUCUACCUACUCCUUCGUUGCAUCGCCUUCUCCAACAAGGCUCACGUCCAGAUCAGCGACAUUGGCAUCAAGCUCGCUGUCGAUGAGGCAAGCGUCAUGGAAGCUUCCGCCUUCCUCGACAAGUCUCUCUUCACAACUUACACCUUCAAUGCGCCUGCCCCACUACACAACUCCCAACACUCCGACAGCGAUGACGAAUCCGAGCCACCAUCUACUACCACCCCAGCAUUUCAGAUAUCCCUUCCCGCUCUCCUCGAGACCCUCCAGAUCUUCGGUCUCACCGACCCCUCCACAUCCAAGCCACCAUGGGCGCGCGACGCUCCUUACCCGACCAGCACAGCCUUUACAGGAAACAACAUACUAGGUGGCAUGAACAACCUUUGUCGAAUAAGCUACCAUGGCCCUGGUGCUCCACUAGCCGUGACUCUCACCGAGGCAAGCAUACGCACGCAAUGCGACCUCACGACAUACGAGCCCGAAUAUGCAGACGAGAUACCAUUUGAUCGCCAGGCCCUUGCACUAAAAGUCAUCAUGCGAGGCAGCUGGCUAUACGACGCAAUACAAGAACUAUCAUCCACAAGCCCGGAGAAGCUGACCAUGUACGCCAAAACAGUGCGCGGUAAACCCUUCUUCGCCCUAGCAUCGUCAGGCACUCUGGGCUCUGCGCGCGUCGAGUUUAACAAUCAGCCCCAGCCUUCCACCUUCCGCACUCCUGUGUCCACAAAUUUCAACGUCAAUAGCGAGACAGGAGAUCAGGCAGCCAAUUUGCUCGAAACCUUCCAGCUGAGCGAUCCCCACACUGUACUUCGCUCGUCCUACAAGUUCAGCUUGAUACAGAAGGCUGCGCGUGCCAUGAACGUUGCGACCAAAGUCAGCAUACGGGCAGACACUCAAGGCGUACUGAGUUUACAAUUCAUGAUCGAGGUUGAGAGUGGUCUAUCAAGUUCCCAGACCGCGACUGGAAAUGCGACAGGUGGCAAAGUAAGCUUUGUCGACUUCCGAUUCGUCCCGCUCGUGGAAGAGGAUGACGAAGAAGGUGAUGCUGGAGAUGCUGAUGAGACCAUUAUCCACAACGGCACCGGAAGCGGUGAGGAAAGUGGAGAUCAAGACGUGCUAUGAUAGUAUACUCCUAGCAAUCACGGGCAGUAAAUAUGGACUUUGUCUUCAGCAUGUGCCAAUUCUGUUUGUUCAUUAUUUCUGCAACUCUGCCCUAGACUAGAACAGAGCGAAAGAAGAAGCCCACAAUCGUACAAUGCCUUCUGUAAUGGUUUUGCUGGAAUCCUUCUUUUUGAUAGACGCAGAGAACAGCCACCCAGCCAAAGAGGUGCUGAGCUCCAGCCGCCAACAUGAUUCCAGACGUCAACUAUCUUCCCUGAAUGCACUAGGAAAACUCCACCUAAGGAAAUGUGAAGCGUCAUAGAGCCGAUACGCCUGUGCUUUAUGGUAUGGAAACCAACCAGACCUCUAAUCUUGCCCCAACUAAAAAUUCAAUUUGACUAAUGUAAACCUGG